AUGGCCCGGCCCGUUCAUUUUAAUAUCGAUUGCACCCAUUCAUUUACCACGUCAGAAAAAUUCCCAACAAAAGAAGCUUUAUUGGCAUGGGUUCGUGAAGUAUGUAAAAGAAUUGGAAUGGUGUUAAUGAUUGGGGGUUCGAGUGACGGGGAUAGAGGACGUAGGACACCGUAUGUGAUUGUUCGUUGUGAGCGUGGGGGCCAUUAUGUUGGCAAGAAGGUACCAGGUGAAGAUGAUCAAAGACCGGGAAAAAGGAGCACCGGUUCAAAGAAAUACAAUUGUCCGUUUAAAUUGAAGGGGACAAGAGAACACAAGGAUGAUGAAAAGGUUGAGUGGAAAUUGGAUGUUCAUAGUGGUAUUCACAACCACAACUUAUUCGAAAACUUGCACGGACACUCUUAUGCUGGAAGAUUAUCAAAUGAGGAUGUUUCCUUUGUUCACACUAUGAAGAAAGCAAUGGUGAAACCAAGGGCAAUUCUAAGAGCAUUGAAGCAAAAGGACCCGUCUAAUGUAACUGGUAUGAAGACAGUUUACAAUACUAUCUCUAAGUUAAAUUUCAGUGAAUUGGAUGGGAGAUCUCAAUUGCAAUCAUUGUUCGUCAAGUUGAAAGAAGAUGAAUACCUCUCGUACCAUAGAUCGAACGAGUUGAAUGCGAUUACCGACUUGUUUUGGAUCCACCCGAAAUGCAUUAAGUUGGCACAGUCGUAUCCGUACGUAUUCGUCAUCGAUUGCACGUACAAGACCAAUCGUUACGGACUCCCAUUUCUUGAGAUUGUGGGUUUUACUUGUACCAACAAGACAUCGAGAUUUGGGUUUAAUGAAAGCAGUGGCCAAUGUGUAUCCAUCGAGUCAUCACUUGCUGUGUCGGUGGCAUGUGAACAAGAAUAUAGUGGCCAAUUGUAA